CUGGCUGGGGGCUGGUGGGAGAGGUGUCCCUCAGGACAUAGCUGAAACACACAGGCUGGGAUAAGACUUUGCUCGUGGUCCGGGAAGUCUGGGUGGUCCUGCUGCUACAACUACUUGGAAAUAAGGUGCCCAGGGUAGUCCCUCUCAAGUCUCUCCCUGCUGCCUCAGGAAGAGCUGAGCCUCAUUUACAACCCUUGGCUGCCCUGCAAGAAGCUCAUCAUGCUGACGGAAGACAUGAAGCUCUGGCAUGGCUUAGUGAUCGCAGUUGUGUCCUUGGUCCUACAGGCAUGCCUCCUCGCAGCCAUCAACUACCUGCUCAGCAGGCACAUGGCCAAAAAAAAUGAACAGUUACUAAAAAGAGCCAGGCUCCAGGACCCCAGGCACAGCCCUGCCCAGCACCACUCACCUGCUGCCCAGAAGAAGGAGACUUCGGCAGAGAGGAGCACCCCAGUGUCUGAGCCCCACUGCAGAAAUGACAGUGACACAUCCUCAGAUAGCUCCGAGGCCUCGGACAGCGCCAGCAUCUUGCCUCCCACCUGCCAGACCACCAAGAAUGUGAAUUACACACAAGUGGUCUUUUCAGCCACUGGAGGGCGAAAAAACAAAUCUGCCCUGGACUAUGAGAACAUAAAGGAAGCAACGGAUUAUGUCAAUGUCAACCCAAGAAGACACAAGCACAAUUUCUUGAAUCCUGUGAACCCUGCUGUCUCCAAGCCAGUGGAAUACUCCAUAGCAGCCUUGUAAAUUCUAGGCUUAAAAAAAAAUUCUUACCUGAGGGUAUGUUUAUUGAUUUUAGAGAGAAAGGAAAUGGGUGGAGAGAGAGACACACACGCACACACAUUGACACUGAUGUGAGAGAGAAAUGUUGAUGGGUUGCCUCCCACUAGCGCCCUAGUUGGGGAUCUAGCCCAUGGCCUUUUGCUGUGUGUGAUGAUGCUCUAAACACCUGAGCCACUGGCCAGAACUAGAAUUUUGUUUUGUUGUUGUUGUUUUUUUAAUGGAGCAAAGUUUUCUACAAAUUUUUGUACACAACUGUAGAAGGUUUACUUUUUGUUUUUUAACAAGGCAUAGGAAAAAAAUAGGCUUGUAUCUCCACGAGAAAGAUUCAGCUAAAAUGUUAGAAAGAACUCAAGGGUAAGUAUGAAAACAUCAGAACAUAUGAGGAGAUAAAGUGGACAUCUCCAUUGAAAAUUUUUUAAAAAUAUUUUAAUCAGUUAUAGUAGAGUCCUGUUUGGCAAUCUUACAAUCAAAUUACUCUUUGAGCUCUUCGAUUAUUGGCAAUAAACAACUUCCUUAAAAGUUUUAAAUAAAAUAGCAAUAAUCAGUUUCUCUUUUCCUCUUGCCCAACCCGGCAUGUGUCUGCUGAGGAACCUGCUUUGCCCUCAGAACUUUAAACCGUCCCACUAGCUUAGAAAGCCCAUUGUCACUCAGCCUUUGGAUUUGCUGCUUCUCAUGGACAAAAGCUGACUGUAGAUCCUGGUAAACGCCAACCAGCAUUGCAAUCUGUUAUCACAAGAAAAAUUUUUCAAAGU